ACCAACUGUAAACAGCUCAAUGGUGGAUGGGUGUUCUCACUGUGUUGACACCAUUGGUGCAAUUUCACACCUUUUUUUGUGCAUUUUCAUAGCAGGGUUUUCAUUUAAUUCAUGUGACAGAGCACCUAGCGUGGAUUGUAGUUAUGAUGGGUCUCACAAACACUGGAUAAAAUCGAUUCAGGAAAAGUGCCAACAUCACCAUUGAGAAGAGAGAGCGGCGGUUGGAUUUCAUUGUGACCUCAACUAACUCUUAUACCCUUCUCUCAAUCCUGGAUAUCAAAUCCGCUCAGCACCAAGACGGAAAUAAAUAAAGAUGUGGAUAAAAAGGAUGCGCUUUGCAAUAUCUAAGAGAGGGAGAGGGACAUACUUUGAGAGGAUGUAUUGGAGAACAGCACUUGUGAUCUUGGCCUUUCUUAUUCAUGCCAUUACAGAAAUGCGAGUGACUGGUCAAACGUUGGAUGUGUGUGCCACCUGUCACCCUAACGCCACCUGUGAGAAGAAGGUGGAUGGUGCCGGCAAAGCCUGUAACUGCAUGUAUGGCUUUGUUGGUAAUGGAAGAACUUACUGUCAAGACAAAGAUGAGUGUCAGAUAGGAGCCAAUAAGAUCUGUGGGCAGCACACUGCCUGCCAUAAUACCUAUGGAAGCUACUACUGCACCUGCCUGGCAGGAUACAGCCCUUCCAACAAUAUGGCCAUCUUCAUCCCCAAUGAUGGAACCCGCUGUCAGGACAUUGAUGAGUGUAGGGUCCAAGGGAUCUGUGGUGAGGGGGGUCAGUGCAGGAACAUGCAGGGGGAUUUUAACUGCCUCUGCCAAGUCGGAUACCAGGUUCACAAUGGAGCAGAGCCCUUCCACCCACACCAGGACAAGGCCUUGUGCAAAGCCAUUGAUUGUGGACAGCCUCCCUCGGCUCUGAAUGCAGUCCAGCUGUCAGCCACAGGAACACGUUACGGCAGCGUAGCUAAAUUUGGCUGCUCUGAGGGAUUCUUCUGGAAAAGCGGAGAGAACUCCUCCGUUUGUGGGGCAGAAAGUGUGUGGAAGGGCCCAAGUCUUAUUUGUGAAGAGAUAACGUGUGGUGAUCCCCCUAUACUGCCCCACACUGGACAGGUGUGGAAUGGCAGCACAAUCCCUGGCAGCACUGUGCUCUUUUACUGUAAAGAGGGAUUUCAUAGAGAGGGAGGAGGGAAUAUUUCCCAAUGCACUAGAGACGGUUACUGGACAAAGGCAACAUUUUCAUGUAAAGAGGUUGACUGUGGUUCUCCCCCUGUCCUCCCUCACUCAGUAAUGUUGUGGGAUCAGACCACCAGGAUAGGCUCUGUGGUGGUUUAUCAGUGUAACUCUGGAUAUUACAAUGUGGGAAAGGGAAAUGUCUCAGUAUGCACUGCCAAUGGACAGUGGGACCAGACAUUUUUUAUAUGUGAAGAGAUAAUGUGUGGUGAUCCCCCUAUACUGCCCCACACUGGACAGGUGUGGAAUGGCAGCACAAUCCCUGGCAGCACCGUGCUGUUUUACUGUAAAGAGGGAUUUCAUAGAGAGGAAGGAGGGAAUAUUUCCCAAUGCACUAGAGACGGUUACUGGACAAAGGCAACGUUGUCAUGUAAAGAGGUUGACUGUGGUUCUCCCCCUGUCCUCCCUCACUCAGUAAUGUUGUGGGAUCAGACCACCAGGAUAGGCUCUGUGGUGGUUUAUCAGUGUAACUCUGGAUAUUACAAUGUGGGAAAUGGAAAUGUCUCAGUAUGCACUGCCAAUGGACAGUGGGACCAGACAUUUUUUAUAUGUGAAGAGAUAAUGUGUGGUGAUCCCCCUACACUGCCCCACACUGGACAGGUGUGGAAUGGCAGCACAAUCCCUGGCAGCACUGUGCUGUUUUACUGUAAAGAGGGAUUUCAUAGAGAGGGAGGAGGGAAUAUUUCCCAAUGCACUAGAGACGGUUACUGGACAAAGGCAACGUUGUCAUGUAAAGAGGUUGACUGUGGUUCUCCCCCUGUCCUCCCUCACUCAGUAAUGUUGUGGGAUCAGACCACCAGGAUAGGCUCUGAGGUGGUUUAUCAGUGUAACUCUGGAUAUUACAAUGUGGGAAAGGGAAAUGUCUCAGUAUGCACUGCCAAUGGACAGUGGGACCAGACAUUUUUUAUAUGUGAAGAGAUAAUGUGUGGUGAUCCCCCUACACUGCCCCACACUGGACAGGUGUGGAAUGGCAGCACAAUCCCUGGCAGCACUGUGCUGUUUUACUGUAAAGAGGGAUUUCAUAGAGAGGAAGGAGGGAAUAUUUCCCAAUGCACUAGAGACGGUUACUGGACAAAGGCAACGUUGUCAUGUAAAGAGGUUGACUGUGGUUCUCCCCCUGUCCUCCCUCACUCAGUAAUGUUGUGGGAUCAGACCACCAGGAUAGGCUCUGAGGUGGUUUAUCAGUGUAACUCUGGAUAUUACAAUGCGGGAAAGGGAAAUGUCUCAGUAUGCACUGCCAAUGGACAGUGGGACCAGACAUUUUUUAUAUGUGAAGAGAUAAUGUGUGGUGAUCCCCCUAUACUGCCCCACACUGGACAGGUGUGGAAUGGCAGCACAAUCCCUGGCAGCACUGUGCUGUUUUACUGUAAAGAGGGAUUUCAUAGAGAGGGAGGAGGGAAUAUUUCCCAAUGCACUAGAGACGGUUACUGGACAAAGGCAACGUUGUCAUGUAAAGAGUUAAACUGUGGGGCUCCAGUAAUCCUUCCCCAUACUAACAUGUUGUGGGACAAUACAACUGUCCUGGGCAGUAUGAUUGAGUAUGUAUGUAAGGAUGGAUUUUACCAGGAGGGAGGAAAUGGUCUCUCAACUUGUUCAUCAUCAGGACAGUGGGGAAUUGUUUCAAUAAUAUGCAAAGCUAAAUGUGGACCAGUCCCUUCUCUGGCCAACACAGAGGUGGUGUGGCAGAACACAAGUGUUGUGUUCCAUCGCUGUCUGAAAGGAUUCCACAGCUGGAGAGGAAGAAAUACCUCUAUUUGUGACAUCACUGGGAAGUGGCAGGCUGCCACAAUGCGAUGCAGAGAAAUCAAGCCUGCCAUCAGUGACUUGGUUGUCUUUAAUGAAAAAUGUUUGCGUUGGCAAGCAGACAAGUAUGAAGAAGACACAGAGAAUUACAGAGUAGCAUUUGUGGGAUUCAGGGCCUAUCAAAGGUCAUUCCAUGACAAGAGGAAGAAGCUCCUCAGCUCCACUUCAGACCGCCCUGAGAUCUGCCUGAACCUGCUGCCUGUUACCAACUACACCAUCAGCAUCACUGCACUGUCUGCCAGGUUCACCUCCACACUCACAACAAACACCAGCCUACAAGUGCCUCAAGCCCCAGAGAUUUUAUACAGAGAAGUUGAGGCUCCAUUGCCCACUCUAUGGCUACGCAGAUCAGCUAACACUCUGGACUCAAUUAGUUUCUACCAGGUAUUUGUGUUGCCACUGGAGGGGACUCUUGUGUUUGACUGCAGCUCUCCUAAGAACCCAGACUUCUCCAGUCAGAGAAAGCACCAUGGACAGUACAUCACUGCCCAGCUCCAUCUGAGGGAUAUAGGGAAAGAGAUGAACCUGACUGUGGGCGAUGGACGCUACUAUGGAGGCUUCUACAACGCUCCUUUACAGAACGGCAGAGACUAUUACAUCAUAUUACGAGCUGUCAGUCAAUGGGGAGGAGCUUUCAAGCACUCUUGUGUUAUCUGGGCAAAAGUCAGAGAUAUAUCCUACGUAAUGAAGGUUUCAUCGCUUUUCGCUGGAGGAUCAAUUGGAGUCUUUGCUUUGGCCAUUUUUCUGGGAUACUGUUACACCUGGUUUUGUAAGAAGGCAUGACAGUCAUCGUGACAACAUUUACCUGUAGUAUUGUAACUGUAAAAAUGUGUUUUGUAUUGUUGUUGUUUUUUGUGAUAAAAUACAAGUAAAAAAUGUU